CAGAGCUGCAGGUUGGAGCGGUUAGUCUUUGCACAUUCAUAUUAAUCCGACUUUAUUCUUUCCAAAAGUCUUCAGACGAUUGAAGUUAGCUUGAGUUUGUGUUAAUGCUCAAAAACUCUGUCUGGAAAAUUAUUUUCAUUGUGAUUUAGCAUCAUCAAGUGGUUGAGGUAAACACAUGUGCAUAACUUUUGCAAAAUCAACCAGAUUUGUUUACUUUCGGCCACUUGGCUGGGUCUCCUGGAAACACUUAGGAAAAAGGAAAGACUCAUCAACGCAGACUUUAGGAGGUGCCAGAUAAGAUUUUGUACGCUUUUCGGGAUGUUUCCCACGACUAUCCUCCUCGCAACGCUCUGCGUUUUUGCGCAUCUGGACACCUUUACGCGUGGCUGCCAGCUCCCCUCGGAAUGGCGGCCGCUGAGCGAGGGCUGCCGGGCGGAACUUGCGGAGAUCAUCUUGUAUGCCCGGGUCCUGGCAAUCCACCGGGAGCCGGUGGGCGUUGGAGUGGGCAGUCUGUACAACUCCUUGCCCUUCGGGUUCGGAUACGGGUACGAGGGCGCAGAGGAAGGGCUGCUGUACUCUGCAGAGGUGGAACUGCUGUGUGACCAAGCCUGGGGCAGCAUGCUGGAGGUACCCUCUGGAUCCAGGCUCAACCUGACCGGGCUUGGUUACCUGUCCUGUCAGUCCCACACCGUGAUGGAGAACUACUCCUAUUUCUUUUUCCUCAGGAUGGAUGAGAACUACAGCAUCCGACCUCAUGGGGUCAACUUCCAAGAUGCCAUCUUUGCUGACACGAUUGAGAACAGACGCACGUUUUCCAGUCUGUUUCAGUUCUCCAACUGCACUCAGGGGAGCCAACCAUUUCAGACUUUCAGCCCCGAGUGGGACAUGCAGGAAGACAGCAGGCUGCUGUGCUCCUCGGUGCAGGCUGCACUGUUUGAGGAGGAGGAACGAGGCCGGAAAUUGCAGGAGCGGUUGGCUGCAGCGGAAAGGAGGAACCGGCAGCUGAAGGAGCGAGUUCGCAAGGUGAAGCGUUCCUUGAGGAACGCCCGCAAAGCUGCACGCAAGGCUGAGCAGCAGGCACAGGAGCUGCAACAGAGGCUAAAAGCCUCAGAGAGAAUGGCGGGACAUCACCUCAACACUAUAACACAGAAGGAGCCUCCACUCGGGGGUUACACAAGUGCAGCGAUACGUCACAGGAUGCAACUUUAAAUCGUAUAAGUGCCACUCACCUGGACUGCAGAGUGGUUGUAGAUCUGGAGAGACUGCUGGGCGGUCUCUCUGCAAGGGACGGAGAAGUGUCAUUUUAUGAGUAAAAACACUUUAAAAGCAAUACUCUUCACAGUUGUCUUGUAAAUAAACUGCUAUCCCUUUUCUUUCUACCUGGAACUCCUCUAAUAAACUGUGGAUAAGCGUGAUUCCCACUUAUCUGAUAAAAAUAAACAGUUUUCUGAAUGAGAAUCAAACAUUUCUCAAGAUGUUGUCUUGCUCUGCUCUGACACUAAGAGCAGCUGUGAGCAAUAGUAACAGCCACAGUGGGAGCUUAUUGAGAUGUGAAGGACAAUUAGUUCUCUUUG